AUGCGCCUUAUCAACGUCAAUACGUUCAAAUUAGAGGAAUUCCUCGAUUAUCGCGCGCCUCCGUAUGCUAUACUUUCACAUACCUGGGGAAACGAUUCUGAAGAGCUCAACUUUCGCGACGUUGAAGAUGGAAACAUCGAUAAACCUGGCAUCGGAUCCGUCAAAUUCCGGGGAACCUGUCGACAGGCCGCGAGAGACAAUCUUGGCUACGCCUGGAUUGAUACCUGCUGCAUUGAUAAAACGAAUCUAGUUGAGCUUAGCGAGGCGAUAAACUCCAUGUUCCGGUGGUAUCAUCGUUCGACCAUUUGUUAUGCUUUUCUAUCCGACGUUCCCACCACUGAAGACCCUAGGAAGGCAGAGUCCAAGUUCCAAAGAAGUCGGUGGUUCCAGAGAGGAUGGACUCUACAAGAACUUCUUGCACCUAAAACGAUGCGGUUUUAUUGUACCAUUUUGAUAACUAGCAGACGAACCGGCGCACAAUUCAGCAUGACCCAGGAGUGGCACCUGUUAGGAACAAAAGGAAGUAUGAGUACCACCAUUGCAUCAGUUACUGGCAUACCUCGAGAGUACCUACUAGGAAUUGCGCGGCUUCACACUGCAAGCAUUGCGCAACGCAUGUCGUGGGCGGCCCAUAGAGACACAAAGCGCAAGGAGGACCUUGCAUACUGCCUCCUAGGCAUCUUCGACAUAACUAUGCCAAUGAUUUAUGGAGAAGGUGGCGACCAAGCAUUUUUUCGGCUGCAAGAGCAGAUUAUGAAGGUGACAAGAGAUGAUUCAAUACUGGCAUGGGGGCUGGGAAGCAAUGAGUCGUCUGCCGCCAAUACUGGCAAGGCCAUAGCUGGGAGGGUUAUGGCCAAGUCUCCAGCAGACUUUGCAAAUUCUGGGCACAUUAUUUGCCGGGACCAGUCUCUCAACUACAUGAGUUCAGUUGAUAUAUCCGGUGGUAGCAUCCGAGCUUACCUGCCGCUACUUAUAACUUCUACUGGUCAGACAGUUGGGCUACUCAACUGUGGGCCCGAGAAGAAUGCGCAACAAGUGGUUGGAAUACCUCUUAUAGAACUCGCUACCACGCCAAAGCCGAUCCGAAUUAAGCAUGACAGCCAAGAAAACGUAUCCUUGGAUUCGAGUGGCCUCUAUUUUCACUAUGAAGAUAGUGAUUUCACAGAUAUUAACUUGAAAAUUAUUGAUGUGCUACCAAAGUCAUGUUGGGAUGAAGAGCGAGCUCUGAUUACGUCAAUGCCUGGAACUAAAGAUGGUACUCUGGGCCAAAUAUUAAUUCGACUCCGUCAAAACGAAGCAGAGUCCAAAGACUUUGUUAUGGUUCUUGAGUACAAAGAGGAGAACACUGACAUCCUGGCAGAAUGUCUUGUUCUCAUAUGCAGCAGAAACACCGUAUUCGAGGAGCUAGCCACAAACCUCCCGUCUAUGAUGCAAAAACUGUAUGGGAAAAUGCAAGCCAAGAAUGGGCUUCUCUCCUUGCGUGUUACACUGGAACGUGUGGCGAGACAGCCCAUAUUUCUGAUACAGCCCGAGUCAGUGUUCGAUGAAGUGUUUACCACUUUUGACGCAACGCUGGAGCUGGAGGGGAAAAUGCUCGCAAAUGAAUGUUUACAACUUCUGGAUGAAAAUGAAGAAAUCCAGAGAGAAGAGAAUGAGCUGGAAGACAAAUUGAAGCAUCAUGACAAAAUCCUAAAAGAGGUGAAGGAAGAACAAGAUGUGAUUUCAGCCAAGAUAAAGGAGCUUGAGGAGAGACAGAAAGAGUUGGCUGAGGCAGAAAAAGCGAAUAUUGAGAAGAGAGCCGAAAUGAUAAGCAAGCAAGUCGAAAUGGAAGAGAAACUACAGGGGCUCUCUGAUCAAUGGGAACAUAAACAGAGACUGUGGAAUGCACUCCACCAUGUUGUCGACUUUAAUUUCGGUUGGAAAGGCAGAACCGCACUUGAGUGGGCUGCUGCAUAUGGGCUAAUCGACGUUGUUAAAAAACGUCUUGAAGAAGGUGCUGAUGUCAACGCCCCGGAUAAAGAUGGCUGCACGCCAUUACUUGCCGCUUCAUUGCGUGGGAAUUUGGAAAUGGCGAAACUACUCAUCGAAGAGGGUGCUGUUUUAGAGGCUGCAGACAACGAGGGCGUGACACCCAUAUUGGCGGCUUCAGCCUCGGGAUGCUUCGAAUUGGUUGAACUGCUGCUUGCCGAAGGUGCUGAUAUCGAGUCUAAAUCUAAGGACAACAUAACACCACUGAUAGCAGCCUCAGGGCGGGGGCAUCCUAACGUUGCUAGACUGCUUCUUGAAAGAGGUGCUGACAUAAAUUUUAAAGCAAUAGAGGACAUAACCGCACUGCUAAUAGCCUCAGUGGAGGGAUAUAUCGAUGUUGUGCAGCUUCUUCUUGACAAAGGCGCUGAAAUAGAUGCCAAAAACAACAGGGGUGAAACAGCGUUAUUGGCCGUCUCUAGGCGGAUGAAGAAGGAUGUCAUUCAGCUUCUUGUUAAUAGAGGUGCUGACGUGGAACUCCGGGACGAAAACGGUGUAACGAUGCUGAUGGGCGCCUCAGGAGCUGGGCUCACAGACAUAGUUCGACAACUCCUGGAUAUGGGCAAAGGUAAUCUUUAUGCCCAGGAUGAGAAGGGUCGGACAGCACUAGAUUGGGCUACUGAAAAUGGCCAUCAAGAUAUUGUUCAGCUGCUUCGUGAUGCAGAAAAGGCGAGGAGUUGA